AUGGGCUGCUGCGCGUCAGUCCCACCCAUGCCCGACGAGAUAGAGCCUGGAGACCCACUGCGAGCUUGCAGCAUUUUCUAUUUGGAGACAGAGUUUUGCAAAGAAGUGGAGUCGAUUGGGAAGACCCUGGCCUCUCACAUCUAUGAGUUAGACGAGCCACUUAUUCGGGCCAAGGGUGCCAAUAUGAUUUGCCCAAGGGAUGGGCGCUUGGGUGCUGCCUUUGUGGACACGAUCAGGGGAAAGGAUUUCGUGGGACGCGCAAAUCACAUGCUGUCCUAUACCUGGCAGUACACUGUAAACUGCAUUUCCAGCUCCUUGGAAGCUUGGUGUUUGCAACACGCGAAGCAACCCCAGCAAACUUAUGUGUGGACAUGCUUCAUGGGCAUCAAUCAGCACCGAGUGCAGGAAAGCAGAUCUUCGGGAUGUGAUAUUCCAUUCGAGGAAUUUGCUGCAGAGUUCAGCAGCCGCAUCAGCCGCAUUGGCCAUGUGAUCGCUUUGAUGGAACCUUGGCGUGCGCCAAAGUACUGCAGAAGGGCAUGGUGUGUGUUCGAGCUGCAUACGGCACUGCAGGCGGGAGAGCUGGACAUCGUGAUGCCUCCUUGUGAGGCGCAAGGCUUUGCCCAAGCAGUUUAUGAUGGUGAUGGGCUGCAGGAGCAAUGGCGAACGCUCUCUGAUACCAAGCUCCAGCAGGCCCAAGCUGCUGUCAAUGUGGACAAGGAGAACAUCUUCCGAAUGGUCGAACAAAGCUGCGGAUUUUCCCAGCUAAACAGCAGCGUGGUGUUGGAACUACAACGCUGGUUUGCUGGAGUAGCCUUUGAUCAUGUAAAGACUCAGAUGGCGGAGGAAACUUCAGCAAAGGUCGUGCGUGGAUGCUUGCGGGUGGCAGACUUGUUUCGUUCCCUCGGCCAGCUGGACAAAGCGGACAGCCUGCUGGAGUCAGCAUUUGAGAUGUUAGAGAGGAUGCAGGAGGAGCAGACGCCUUUGCAUGCUUCACUUCUCGGGGCCAUGGGCCAUGUGAAGCGGGAACGGGGAGACCUGGACGGAGCUUUGGCAUUGCUACAAAAAGGCUACGGAAUUUUGCAGCUCACAACCGUCAACUCUGAGGAAGGAGCUUUGCUCCUGACCCGGCUUGGCCAUGUGAAAUUCCAGCAGAAAGACCUUGAAGCAGCCGAUGGUCACUUCAGAGAGGCACUCGAGGCGCACAAUGUCUGCAGAAGUUUGUGCGGUUUCGAUGGGGCCCAACUAUUGCAGUCUCUUGGUCACGUUCAGCGUGAGCGCAAGGACUUGACCGGGGCCUUGUCAAGCUACCAGCAGGCCCAAGAGAUUUUGUGUGGCUGCGAGCUUCUUCAAUCCCCUGCUGGAGCUGCACUCGUGGCUAGCAUGGGGCACCUGCAGCGGGAGCAAGGCAACAUGGAAGGAGCUAUGGAGCUCUACCUGGAGUCACGACAGGUAUUGGAAGCUGUUGGAUGCCUGCAAACAGCAAACGGUGCUACGCUUUUGGUGAACAUUGGGCAUGUGCAGCGGUCUAUGGGUGAUCCAGAUGCUGCAUUGGCUACUUACAAAGAAGCUCGUGGCCUCUUCAAAGUGUCUGGAUCCUGGGAGACUCCUGCUGGUGCUGAAUGCAGAAGGCUCAUUGGAAUGCUCUCCGCGUGA